AUGGCGCAACGACUCCGCAAGCUCGACUUCUCGCGCAUGAAGAAACGCAAUCAUUCGAGCACGUCCUCUGCGAGCUCCCCUACAGUACCGGUUCUUGAAACACCUGCUGCGUUCUCGGUUCAAAGUAUCAACCCUGGGCCCGCCGGUAAGCAGAAGGCCUUUUUCGGUAAACCUCCUGUUAGACCAUCCGUUUUCGUGGAGAAUAUCGAGGAUGGGGGAAUGGAUGUCUCUGUUGUUCCUGGUCGCUCCUUGGACGGCAAGACUGGCCUAGCCAAUACCGAUGGUGAAGAGGAGUCGAUAUCGCGAGCAAAGACCCGCUAUUUCGAGGAGUUCUUCGGCACUGGCAAUCCUCUAGCAUCCCCAAAGCCUCGUACCAUCCAGGAGGAUAUCAUAGUAGUUGAGAUCAAAUUGCGCACACGGGUCAAGGACGACGAGGAGUUUGCUUCUUUGUUAGCGUCUCGGAUGGCCAGCAUCUACCAGAAACCGGACGGCCAGUUCAUGAUCAGCAUUCAGCAAGAUUCACGCCUUUACAUGGGCACUCCCAGGUUUCCCGCUUACUUGAUCAAGAUCUUCGCGCUGCCACACCACAUAGGGCCAGCCACCAAUCUCCGCUGCACCAUCCUCAUUCAGGGGCUCCUCCAAGAGGUUGCCCUCAUUGGUCCGAACAGAGGCGUUGUUCUAUUCCUUCCUACUCUCGAAGAGAACCUUGCAACGAACGGUGCCACCAUGAUGGGUGAAAUCCCGCGACUGGAUCGCCCCAGUUCCGAGGAGCAAGAUCGAGGAAUAUUCAGAAGCAUUACACGGUCUCUGAGCAGACUGAAAUCUAGUAGCACUCAUAGUGCACCUGCUUCAGAGGCAACAACUUCUUCAUGGACUGGGGUAAUGGGGCAUGCGAGAGAGGAGAGCGCCAUUAGGGAUGAUCUAGCUCAUCCAGUCGAUGGCAGUGUGUGA